UGCCGUGGUACGCGAAACAGUAAACACUAAAAAUUAUAGACAAAAUGACAGCUUUUUGGCCAUUGCUGUUGCUAUUGAUUGCCGUCCCGUUGACCUUGGCUGCGCGGCAGUCACGUCAUGCCGCUUGCAACAAUGAAAAGCGCUACGAGAAUCAGGCAAUGUGCGUUGGCAAACAGUUUGGCACUCAUGUGCCGUAUCCGGAUGAUUGUACCAAGUACUUGGUCUGCGACUGUGAAUAUCCCACGGUGUUCACAUGUCCCGCCCCCCAACCCCUUUGGGGUAAUUUUUUUUGCAAAGCAACAGGCAACUGCAACUGGCCUUGGGCAGUCGACUGCAUUCACUAUACGUUCACAUCGCCGCAGCCAAUUGACACCACAACAGCAGCAGCAGCAGCAACAACAACAAGCGCAGCAACAACACAAACAACUCGCAGCAUGGAUGGCGCGCCAAGCACUUCAAGCUAUGAUCCACCACCAGCACCACCUGGAAUUGAUGAUAGCUACUGUAGCAAAUACGCUGAUGGCAGCACGCAUCCUUAUCCCUACGAUUGCAAUGCCUACAUCAAUUGCACCUAUAACUGGCCUGUCUUGAACUAUUGCGAACCAGAUAAGGUGUUCAAUCCGUUGCUCUGCAUUUGCGAUACGCCGGAUACGGCGCAUUGCGAAGAGCUGCCGCUGCCCAAACCAACAACUGAAGCAACAACAACAACUGAGUCAACCACAACUGAGGCAAGCAGCACAACCGAACUGAGCAGCACUACUGAGAAUGAUCAGUGUCUUGCUCCGCCUGAGGGCAUUCAAGAGGAUUACUGCGAGUCCUUGGGCAAUGGUCACUACGCUUAUCCCUAUGACUGUCAGGCGUAUCUAACUUGUCGCAAUGGCUGCACCGAUAUGGCCUAUUGCAUACCCGAGAAAUUAUUUAAUCCAAUGCUGCACAUUUGCGAUACACCCAACUCUGUUAAUUGCAAACCUGAACCGUUUCCCACCACUAGCGUUGCAACUACGCCUGGCGACACCACCAGCAGCAGCAGCAGCAGCAGCAGCAGCUCGAGCAGCACCACAACUAUGCCCACCACAUUGGCUACAACCACCAAAGUUCCCUUGCCUGCAGAUAUAGAUCCCGACUUUUGCAAGGACAAACCCUUCGUAGCUGCUUAUCCCUACGCUGGCGAUUGCUCGCAGUAUAUCGAAUGCAUGCAUGGAGAACUGAUGCUACGUCAAUGCGCCAGCGGACUGUUGUUCAAUCCACAGCUGCUUAUCUGCGAUGAACCCAACAUGGUCGACUGCUAUACAACAACAGCAGCACCAACAACCACUGAGCUAACAACAACAACAACCACAGUAGCUACUACGCUCAGCCCAGCGGAGCUUUGCGCUGGACAAGAUCAGGGCGCAUCUUUUCCCUACGUUGAUAACUGCGCCAAGUACAUUCUAUGCUUUGGCAACGAUGUUUACUUUAUUGUAGACUGCCCCUUCCAGAACUACUUUGAGCCCUUGACAGGCAACUGCGGUCCCGAAGUUUCACCCACAGCCUGCAAGCAGCAACAAAUUCCAACAACAACCACAACGCCAGCAACACCAACACCAACAACAACUACAGCAGUUGUGCCUACAACGCCAGCUGAGCCUCAAAAGCCAGAUGGCAUUUGUGGUGACUUUAGCAAAGGUGAACUCAUUGCUUAUCCUCAGGUCUGCAGCAAAUAUAUUGUCUGCGUCAUGCCCAUUCCCGUUGCGUUCUAUUGCACUGACGGCUUCUACUUUAGCUACGAGCAGCAGCAAUGCGUUAGCUGGGAGCAAAGUGAUUGCGGCAAAGCUGCCAGCACCACGCCGGGCUACACGCCAGCGCCGCACCCAGAGCCCAACGUCUGCACCAACAGUGGGCGUGACACUUUGCCCUAUCCGGACAAUUGUCAGUGGUACAUUAGCUGCGUGGAUGAGGUGCCCAUGAUAUUGGUCUGCAACUAUGGCGACUACUACGAUCCCAUUAGUCAAGAGUGCGGCGCGCAGGUUCCGCCCGAUGCCUGCCACUGGGAUUACAAUUCCACCACAACUCAAACAACUGCAGCGCCAGUGACGAGUCCAGUGACCAGACCACCACCACAGGAGGGUCCUUGCGAUAAUGCUGCCGAUGGCGAGCUGGUGCCCUAUCCCGAUGACUGCAACAAGUUUAUAAAAUGCGAUCGUCCGAUUCCAGCUGCUUUUGAAUGUACGUCCGGCGAAGAAUUCAAUCCAUGGGCCAAACAAUGCAUGCAGACUGCUCUGGCCAACUGCAGCAUAAUUUUGACUACCACCACGUCAAUUACAACGGAGACAACCACCACGCCCAUUACAACAAUAGAGACAACUACGCCCAUUACAUCAACAACAACUGAGGAACCUUGCACCAGUACGCCCACGCCCACUAGCACCACAACUGAAUCGCCCAUUACAACAACUGCUACACCAACAACGCCCAUGUCAACAACAACAACAACAACGGAGGAACCUUGCACAAGUACACCCACUCCCACUAGCACUACAACUGAAUUCACUACAACUGAAACGCCAUCUGGCGGCAUUUGUGAGGGUCAAGCUGAUGGCAGUUUAGUGCCCUAUCCAUACAAUUGCAGCAAGUAUAUUCUAUGUGAAGAACCUAUUGCCAUAGGUUAUGAUUGUCCCGAUGGUUUAGAGUUCAGUCCCAAGGAAUUGGAAUGCAUGUCGCCCGAUUUGGCCAAUUGCAAUGUGGGACCAACAACACCAACAAUUACAACAGAAUCAACAACACCAACAAUUGCAACAGAAUCAACAACGGAAUCAACAACACCAACAAUUACAACAGAAUCAACAACACCAACAACUACAACAGAAUCAACAACACCAACAACAGAACCAACCAUAGAAUCAACUACACCAACACCAACAACCACUACAGAAUCAACAACUACAACAACAGAGGCUACAACCUUAGAUCCGUAUACACCAAACAUUUGCUGCGGUCAGAUGCUAGGCACCAUAUUGCCCUAUCCCGGUGAUUGCUACAGAUUUGUAGUUUGCGAUUAUCCCAUUCCAUAUGCUGGAGACUGUCCAACAGGCACUUCUUUUGAUGCCAAGUAUCAGACCUGUGCAGCUGAUGUGCUGCAGUAUUGUGAAUAUAUAUAAUUGAACUUGAAAGUAAUAACAUUAUGCGUGCAGAUAAUUAUUUACAACACUGUUAACUGUGCACUGUAAUACUCAAAAGAAUAAAUGAAAGUGAAACUUUUAAGC